AAGGGAUCAAAGCAUAUAUGGACAUGGCGAUUGUCAGUGUAGGCAGGUCGAUUAGAAAUGGAGUCACAUAGAACAGGUUGCUGAAUCAUCUUUGCAUUAUAUUGAUGACACCCACAUCAAAAAAGGAUCAUCCACAGUGAAAAUCCAAUGGGUGGUGGCGUCGGUGGAAUUCUGCUCGACAGCUCUGUAAUCUUGGAUUCCACCUCAAACGAUGAUGAAACUGCAACACUUCGCACCGGAGCAGACUAUUUACUUCGCAAGCUUCGCCAUUCCAACAUUCCUACGGGAAUAUCUUAUGCAGUAGGUCUUUCGGAAGCGAAGGUGAGCCUUCUUGAGAAGCUGAUUUGUGUAUACUCAUUUGAGCAUUUCAUCUAUAAUCCAUCUUCUCUGGAUGACACUGUAAACGCGGUUUCUCUAGCUUGGGAUAAUAAUGGUGCAAUUAUUUUGCAUGUGGUUUCAAAGUACAACGAAGGACUUGUUCCAAAAUCAUUUAGUUCUGGCUGGAUGAAUGUCUUUGUCAAUGUUGAUGGUGAUGAUGCAAGCAGAAAUCCAACUGGAAUUUUCAUAGAGAAACUAGAAGAGUUACCUCUGACGGUCUGUGAGUUGAAUAGAAAGUCAAGUGAGGGUAAUCUGGUUGUGGGUUAUAUUAUGAAGCCAAGUCGAGAAGAAGAUUUUGCAAAGAGAGGUGCAUUUCCGUUAAACCCUACCCAAAAUGGGUUGAUAUUUCUACCUCUCACUUUUGACCUCCCAAUAUUAACUCAGUUGAAAAAAGUGGAAAUUGUUAUCCAUAAAGCAACUGAUGAAAUUUCCUCAAUUGAAAGAAGCAAUUCUAGUGAUUGCUCUAGUAAGAUCAUUUACACCAGAGGAAUGCUGGAAUUGCAGAGGUGUAUAGGUGAACUGUCAGAUUGCUGCGUGAUUGAUCCAUUUGAUAACAUUUUUCCUAUUGUGGAUCGACUAAAAAUCCAAGAGAUCCUACUAGGAUUGGAGGAUCUUAAAACAGAAAGCCAAUGCAAAAUCAGAGGGCCUUACUAUUUAAAGGUUGAUAGCUUUGACGAUCUUGAAUUGGAACAAAGGCUUUGUGGAGCUAAACUAUCCCUUCCGAGUAUUGUAAAACCUCAAGUUGCUUGUGGUGUAGCCGAUGCCCACAGUAUGGCCAUUGUCUUUAAAGCUGCUGAUUUCACGGGUUUAUCUGUUCCUCUUCCAGCAGUUGUGCAGGAAUAUGUCGAUCAUUCAUCUACUCUUUUCAAAUUCUAUGUCUUGGGGGAAAAGGUAUUCUAUGCAGUCAAGAAUUCAACACCUAAUGCUGAUGUCUUGAAGAACACGGCUGAGAAAAAUGGAUUCAAACCUCUACUCUUCGACAGUUUAAAAUCUCUGCCUACUGAUGGAAACAAGAAGCCUUCUCCUAAGUUGGAAGAGCAGCAGGAUCUUGAUAUUGGGCUUGUUACUGAUGCUGCAAAUUACCUUGGAAGGGUUCUUGAUCUGACCAUAUUUGGCUUUGAUGUUGUUAUUCAGGAGGGGACACGAGAUCAUGUCAUUGUGGACGUAAAUUACUUGCCAUCUUUCAAAGAAGUGCCCGAUGAAAUCGCGAUUCCUGCAUUUUGGGAUGCUAUCAAGAUGAAAUAUCUGUCGAAAAAGGGCAAAAACGGCUAAUAGUUUAUCGAUGUAUGCUCCACAACCGUGCAAGUGUAAACUAGACAUGAUUUAGCUUCAGUUAUUUGAACAUUUAGGAAGUUUGUUACUCUUCUAUCCAUGAAUAGUUUCACACUCCUGCUACAAAAGCAUGUGUUCUUGAAGAAUCAAAAUAGAAAAUGUUGUCCUUCAAGAUCCAAUAAGCAGCAGAACAAACUGAGGAGCAUUUGGAACCUUUCUUUAUCAGAGCUCAAGGCUUUCAAUACCACUAAUUCUAUAAA